GAUUUCUAGCAAAUACUUCCUACAAAAUCAGUAACCUUCCACCUUGAUCAAGCACAGUGGACAGCUGGAACAGACUUGAAACUGCACCUCCAGAGCACAGACUAUGGGAACUUCCUGGCCAAUGAAGCCUCCCCGCUCACCGUCUCCGUCAUAGACGACAAGCUGAAGGAGAAGAUGGUGGUGGAGUUUCGUCACAUGAGGAACCAUGCAUAUGAGCCCCUAGCAAGCUUUCUGGACUUCAUCACGUACAGCUACAUGAUUGACAACGUCAUUCUGCUGAUCACUGGGACCUUGCACCAGCGUUCGAUCUCCGAACUGGUGCCCAAGUGCCAUCCUCUGGGAAGUUUUGAGCAGAUGGAAGCCGUGAACAUUGCUCAGACGCCUGCGGAGCUCUACAAUGCGAUCCUGGUGGACACUCCCCUGGCUGCUUUCUUCCAAGACUGCAUAUCUGAACAGGACCUGGAUGAAAUGAACAUCGAAAUCAUUCGAAACACGCUGUAUAAGGCUUAUCUGGAGUCCUUCUACAAGUUCUGCAAGGUGCUGGGAGGUACCACGGCAGAUGCCAUGUGCCCGAUCCUGGAGUUUGAAGCUGACCGGAGGGCCUUCAUUAUCACCAUUAACUCAUUUGGUACUGAGCUGUCCAAGGAGGACCGAGCAAAGCUGUUCCCACACUGCGGCAAGCUCUACCCUGAGGGCCUGGCUCAGCUGGCCAGAGCAGAUGACUACGAACAAGUCAAAAAUGUUGCUGACUACUACCCAGAGUACAAGCUGCUGUUUGAAGGGGCUGGCAGCAACCCUGGAGACAAGACCCUUGAAGACAGGUUCUUUGAGCAUGAGGUGAAGCUGAACAAGCUGGCCUUCCUCAAUCAGUUCCAUUUUGGAGUCUUCUACGCCUUCGUGAAGCUGAAGGAGCAGGAGUGCCGCAACAUUGUGUGGAUCGCAGAGUGCAUCGCCCAGCGGCACAGGACCAAGAUCGACAACUACAUUCCCAUCUUCUAACCCUGCUCUGCUCCUGUCCAACCCGCCCGCCCCUGGAGUCCGGAGGGACCCCUGCCUAACUCCCUGAGUUAUCCCUUGCCCAGACUCCAGGGAUGUCCCAUCUGUGGAACUGGCUCAGAUGAGGAAACUGUACAGUUGCUAGUUAAAUUAUUCACAAGCUGAAGUUUGAGUUGCGUGUGCUGUGAGGGGUCCGGAGGGACCAGUGGCACAGGCUUGGCCCUGUGUAGCAGGAGGGACACCUUCUGUUGUGUAUCUAAUAGUCCCUGUGUUACUGUACUAAUCUGCUGUAUGCGCUUAUGCUCAUAGAGCAAGCACUAGCCGGGAGGUUGCUGCCUCCAAGGGGUUCCCACGGCCGCAGAGGAACACAUUAGGUCUGCCAUGGCUGGGGGUCCUCUCUGUCAGUACUCUGCAAGCCUCCUAGUCAGUGUUGUUCCUGUGAAAUUUAGUUCGAGUGUGAUUUGUAGCGUAGCCCAUGCUGCUGUGCAAUCCCUGCAUCCCUGUGUAGCUAACCCUGACCUGGGGGAGACUGAGCAGUCCUGGCCAGGACUGGAGCAGAGCCUGUGGGAACGCGAGGGCAGAGCCAGAGGGCUUGUGGAGCACGCUCCUCCCCGCUCCAGCAGCAUUUGCACUAGUGCAGCCUCGCCAUGUCCUCAGGAGCAGCCCUCAUCAGUCUCCCUCCUGCCCUGCAGCUUGAAAAGACUCCAUAAGCUGGCUGAGCUCCUUCCUCCCCUGAAGACCCACAGCUUGGAGCCGACUGUCACAACCAUGCAAAAGUCGGAGCUCCUUUUGGCUCUGCAGACAGUGCUGGACCCCUGCACCACCUCGGGGCAGACAGCCAGGGUGGCGCAGCCUCCUCCCCUGCGCAGGGCAUCUGGGCUGCCACUGCCCUGGAGCUGUACGGGCACAUCUGGCUGUCAGGCAGAGCAGCCCUUGGGUCUGGCUCCACUCGGUCACCCCGAUGAGUGCAGGGGGCAGCUGUGGGCAGAGAUGUCCCAUGCCCUGUCCAGGCCCUGCCCGUCUGUGGUUAGGAGGUGGGAGCCAAGCCUUGGGCAUGGCGUGGCAGCUCUGCUCCUUGCUGCUUGAGGUCUGGGAGAUGCCCUGUGGUGAUGUGGCAGCGGAGAAGCCUCGCUGGUGGGAAGCACGUGCUUGGUGCUGCUGCUGCGAGGGAUCGAUGGAGAGCGGCUCCGUCCCAGCUUGUGCUGUGGUCACCUCUGCAGUGUUUGUUAACCCGUGACCCCCUCCUCUCUACACCAAUAAAUACCUGCCUACUGCACCGUGCUCUCCCUGCUUACUUGGGUGCCUGCUCCCACGUCCCCAAGAGGAGCCUCCAUCAGCCGCAGGGCCUCCUACCCAGGGAAGUUGAUAUUUGUAGUAGCGGAGCCUGGUGUGGCUUCUGCAUGACUUGGGGCACUUGCUUCUACCACAGGCAGGGGGGUCGUGCCACCCCUUGGGUGGCCCUGGGCACUCACUCCAGCUCAAGCUGCGCACGAUGCCUGCUCUGUGGGUGCAGCUGGGUGCCGAGCUGGUGGGUGCCCAGGAGCUGUAGCCCUCGCUGCUCGUGCAGCCGUGUGGGAGUGAGCCAUGCAGUUAGGGAGCUGCGUGGCAUAUCCCCUGGCUUUGCUAAGCUUGUCCCCCUGUGCCUAGGCUUCCUGCGUGGGGCUGUCCGUGUCUGGCACCGUCACCCCUUCCAUCCUUGACCCAGCAGGGCCACGGAGUCAGAGCAAAGCAAAAGGAAGCCUCGGGGGUAGGGGUGGGGAGUAAGGGGGAGCGGGUGCAAGCUCUUCCUGGCAGGCUGACCCCUUCUCUGGGGCUGCCUGUGGCACCUGCUGCCCCACGCAAGGCUCCUGCCAUGGUGCUCGAUGCGGUGCCAGCUGUGACCCAGCUCAGCUCUGCCCGCAGGCAUCCCUGACCAAGCAUCGCAGCACUGCACCGCAGAAGGAGACUGCCAGAGCCCAGUGGCAUAUCGAGAACAGAUUUAUUUAAAAAGUGACAAUCACGUAGCUCAUCUCAUGAAGAGCUCUGCAGCUGGCCUCGGCCCCUGCGCUCACCAGGAGCACGUGGAGUGUGUAACGAACGGCAGGGAGGCAGGGGCUGGCACAGCAGCGGCCACAGGGUCCCGGGGCUGACCCAGCCAAGAGGCGACGGAAACAAAUGCUUGCAGCUCCGACAGCAGUGAGGAAGAUGUCGGGUAGCUGAGAAACGUCCGAGGUACAUCCCAGCCCGUGGUGCAGAGCCGCAGAGUCAGGUGGGGGUGGCCCCCUUGGAGGAUGCACGGUUAGAAAAAAUACAAAAACAAGGUCUCUAGAAAAUGUGGAUUCUCGCACAAUAGAAAAUAGAUCUGCCUGAUUUUGGAAAGC